AAUCAUAACAUCAUCCAAAAAUCAAAAUGGCUCCACCUCCAAUCACCACUCUGUCCCUUUCCCUCAUUCUAAUCCUCCUAUGCGGCUCCACCUCCGCCCAGCUCCGCCAGAACUACUACAGCAACACCUGCCCCGACGUCGAAAACAUCGUGCGCAAGGCCGUCACCGCCAAGUUCCAACAGACCUUCGUCACCGUCCCCGCCACCAUCCGCCUCUUCUUCCACGACUGCUUCGUCUCCGGCUGUGAUGCGUCGGUGAUCGUGGCGUCGACUCCAGGCAACACGGCGGAGAAGGAUCACCCCGACAACCUCUCCCUCGCCGGAGAUGGCUUCGACACCGUGAUCAAGGCCAAAGCCGCCGUUGACGCCGUCCCCGGGUGCCGGAACAAGGUCUCCUGCGCGGAUAUUCUCGCCUUGGCAACUCGCGAUGUCAUUAAACUGUCGGGUGGGCCAUCGUAUCCAGUAGAAUUGGGAAGGCUAGAUGGAUUACGUUCAACUUCCGCGAGUGUUGAAGGAAAUCUUCCAAAGCCAACUUUCAAUUUGAAUCAACUGAAUUCCAUGUUUGCUUCAAGAGGCCUCUCUCAAGCUGACAUGAUUGCUCUGUCAGCAUGCCACACUGUGGGAUUCUCGCACUGCGACAAAUUCUCGAACCGAAUCUACAACUUCAGCCCGCGAAACCCGGUCGACCCGAGCCUGAACAAGGCCUACGCGACCCAACUACAAGGCAUGUGCCCGAGAAAUGUGGACCCGAGGAUCGCCAUUGAUAUGGACCCUACAACUCCUCGGAAAUUCGACAAUGCCUACUUCAAAAAUUUAAUCGAUGGGAAGGGACUCUUCACGUCGGAUCAGGUGCUCUUCACCGACUCGAGAUCCAAGAACACGGUCAAUCUAUGGGCUUCGAACGUGAAAGCGUUUAACGAAUCUUUUAUCACGGCCAUCACUAAGUUGGGCCGGGUCGGGGUCAAGACCGGGAGGAACGGUAACAUCCGGUUUGACUGUGGGAGAUUUAAUUAAUUUGAGUUUAAUAACACAAGCUUGCCUAAAUUGGUUGGCUUGGUUGGUUUCAUUUUGUGGGAUGGCCACGUUGUUGAGAAAGAUCUAUUAGAUUCGUUUCCAAACAAGACAUGCUUGUUGAUGAUCUGCAUGUGCAGAGUUUGAUGUUUGCAACAAUAAUUGUGAUAUUCCAUCUUUAAAACUUUGAUUUUUUUUUGUGACAUGUUAUGUACGUUGUACAAGUUGUAUAUGGAUGCCUUACUUGAAUCGGGUGUA